AUGUUGCGGCUUAAUCGAAUCAAUGUCUUGAGCAAAGUCCGUGGCGUUUCCACCCGCGCAAUGCUCGGCAAGCCUGUCAAAGAAGUCGACGCUGAAGUCGCUGCAAUUGUUGGCCGCGAGAAGCAGCGCCAGAAAGAGUCAAUCACCCUGAUUCCCAGCGAGAAUUUCACCUCCAAAGCCGUCAUGGACGUUCUUGGCUCGGAGAUGCAAAACAAGUACUCCGAGGGUUACCCCGGUGCCCGUUACUACGGCGGUAACGAGUUUAUUGACCAGGGCGAGAAGUUGUGCCAGGAACGUGCUUUGGCUGCCUUUGGCCUGGACCCUGCUCAAUGGGGCGUCAACGUGCAGGCUUUGUCUGGAGCACCUGCCAACCUCUACGCCUACUCGGCUAUUAUGGAGGUUGGCGACCGCCUGAUGGGCUUGGACCUUCCUCACGGAGGCCACCUUUCGCACGGCUAUCAGACUCCUUCUAAGAAAAUCUCGUUCAUCUCAAAAUACUUCCAGACAAUGCCCUAUCGUCUCAAUGAGGAGACUGGCGAGAUUGACUACGACGAGCUUGAGCGCACGGCCAAGCUGUUCCGCCCUAAGAUCUUGAUUGCUGGUGCAAGUGCCUACGCCCGCAUCAUCGACUAUAAGCGGAUGCGUGAGAUCGCCGACAGUGUCGGUGCCUACUUGCUGAGCGAUAUGGCGCACAUUGCUGGUCUUGUUGCUGCUGGUGUCACUGCGAGCCCCUUUGAGCACAGCGACAUUGUCACAACCACCUCUCACAAGUCCCUGCGUGGUCCCCGUGGAUCCUUGAUCUUCUUCCGCAAGGGUGUCCGCAGCACCGACAAGAAGGGCCGCGAGAUCAUGUACGACCUCGAGAACCGUAUCAACUUCUCGGUGUUCCCCGGCCACCAGGGAGGACCCCACAACCACACUAUCACAGCCUUGGCAGUCGCCCUUGGCCAGGCCGCCACUCCUGCGUUCAAGGAGUACCAGCAGAAGGUUCUUGACAACGCCCAGGCCUUUGCUAACGCACUCAAGUCCAAGGGCUACAAGCUUGUCUCUGACGGCACAGACAACCACCUCAUCCUAAUUGACCUCAAGCCUAACAAGAUCGACGGUGCUCGGGCCGAGAUUGUGUUGGAGCUGAUCAAUAUCGCCGCCAACAAGAACACUGUUCCUGGAGACAAGUCUGCUCUUGUUCCUGGCGGACUGCGCGUGGGCACACCUGCCAUGACCACUCGUGAGUUCACCGAGUCGGACUUUGAGAAGGUCGCCGAGUACAUCGACAAGGCCGUCAAGAUCGCUCAGCGCGUGAAGAAGGAUGUCGCAUCCAAGAUCGAAAAGCCCAAGCUGGCUGAUUUCCGUGCCGCCGCUGAGCAGGACUCCGAGAUCCAGAACCUCAAGAAGGAGGUCGCCGCCUGGGCCGCCAACUUCCCUGUCCCUGGAGACCUUUAA